CUGAAUUAUUCUUGAGUGGCUGGCUUAUGGGUAUACGAUCCUGAAUGACAAAUAGACAAACCGGUGUCGAAUUCGUUUGACCUUGUUUCGUGUGGGGGGUUUUAUUUUCAAAGAUGGCUGCUGCACAACAAGAACAUGACGGGCUGGCCGUGCCCCCGGGAAGCCGGGUGGUGGUGAUCGGGGUGGACGGGAGCCCCUUCGCUAACUACGCUUUUGACUGGUACGUGGAUAAUGUGCGGAGUGAUAACGACUAUGUUGUGUUGGUCAACUCUCCGGAGAUGGGUGAAAUCGUGAAGUCAUCGUGGAACAGUAGUCUGUAUACCUAUGAUAAAGACCUGCUCACGAAGAUGUUAGACGAGGAACAGAAAGCAAUCAACAACCAUCUCAAAUAUUAUCGAGACAAACUGUUACAAAUUGGCGCGAAAGGAAAGGUGAAGUUGAUCUCAGCGAAGGAGCCCGGCCAGGCUAUUUGCAAGGCGGCGCUGGAGGAGCACGCCGAAUUCAUUGUAGUAGGGACGCGGGGAUUGGGCAAAAUCAGGAGGACCAUCACCGGAAGUGUCAGCGAUUACGUCCUGCACCAUUCGAACGUGCCGGUUCUCGUCUGCAAAAGUCCGGAACUGCACAAGAAGUGAUAUAGUUCAAAUGUACUAUAUAAAAAACAGUUAUAAAUCAAUGUCGUGUGCUAGGACCAUCUAAGCCGUUCGUAGCUUAAUAUUAGGAUUGUACAUUACGUGUCUGUUGCAGACAAUUAGUUUUUACUUUCAUGCGAUUUUGUUUCUGUUACCUAUGAUUAGUCUGUUACAUAUGAUUGGUUUUUGUAAGAUACGAUUAGUUUGUUUUGUUUGUUCCACUUUUUUUUUUUUUCUUCUUCUUUUUUGAGGGGUUGGGGAUAUUAUUUUUAAAAAUUGGUACAUAAACAUACAGUAAUACAGUACAACAUAUUAUUUCAACAUAUACAACUGGCUUCUGUUACAUAAAACAUACUGUCCUAUCGCUUAUUACGCCACGAAUUUUAAUUAAUAAUAUUUUGAGUAUAUGUAUAAGGCCAACAUUUUGGCGAGACGAAGCAUUUGUUUUCAUACAUUUUGUGUCAAACACAAAUUUACGUUUUAUAUACUUCGUUUUGACAAAAUCUGAUGUAAUUUGAGAAGAAGAAAAACUGUGAUUCAUGACGAAAAUCUGUUAUCAACGGCAGAGGCAUACUGCUUCCCUUUUUUUGUAGGGGGGUGGGGGGUGGGGCAGACUGAUUUCUGCCCGAAUUAAACGAAAAUCCUCGAAUCUGAAUAACAACAUUUAUUCAUAUUAGCAUGAUUCCCAUACAGCUAUAUAGGGUUAAAACGAAUCAAUACGCACUUUUACAUAGGUUACAUCUUAUUUUGUGGAUAGAUGAUGAAAAUACAUGGUUAAAAGGUCCCAGGUUAGCACAUUUUGUCUGAAUAUCUCUGUCGUUUUUGCACGAAUUUGAUGAUUUGCUCCAGCACAUGGGGGCAGUCACCUCCUCCUCACCCCGCCCUCUGAUCAGCGGCAUCCAUGACAAGAAAUAUUACAACUGAUAUGUUCUAACUUGGCAUAUCUCAUCUCGCGCGACCAUCACUUCAUAUCGACUGCUUCUACACGAUCGUUACCUCGUUUUCACAACACAGUCUAUUUCAUUCAUAAAAUAAUUGUAUUGUCGAAUUACUCGUCUACAUUUCACGAUAGACCUAAUACAAGUAAUUGGUUUUUUUUUAUAUAAGUAGCAAUAAACAGAAGUUCAAAAUUAUUCUGGCCAGUUGAAUGUUUUGCUAAUGUUCUAAUUUUUUAGUUCUGUGACUUGGUUUUGGCUGUAAAUGCCUAUUUAUAAGUAUUAGCCAUCUAACAUGUGAUAUAAAUAUUUAAUUUGUUUAAAGAGAUUAAAACAUUAUAGUUUCAUACGUUUUGUAUUUUGCGUUACUAGAAGGCUAAUCGUCGACUUUUUAUACAUUACCUAACUUAUCGACAUACAAUGUAUUUAUAAUAAAAUAUAUUAAAAUAGA